AUGGAAAAAGGAAGGGAAAAAGGAAAGUGGGUCAGAAGAAGAAGAAAGGUAUGUCAACCAUAUGAGGAAGAAAGAAUAAGAAUCAGGGAUCUUAUUGAUGAUUUCUUGAAUGGUUUGAAGAAAAUAAAGAAUGAAUUUAUUGCUUCAAAAUGGGAUGACAUUGAAAUGCUAAGAAUGGAAUUGAGAUUCCUAAGAACAUUUAUCCUGUUUCGGAAUUCGAAUUUGGAUAACUUUUAUAAGAGGAUCUCAUUGAAUAUAGAUAAAUUCAAUGAUCUAACUGAUUCAGUUUUCAAUGAAGAUGAAUUUAUCGUAGCCAAAUACAACAUGGAUAGUCUUGCGUCUAACCUGCGGAAAGAAAUCACAAGUUAUUUGAAAUUGAAGAAUGUAGCCAUCAUGACUGAGGAGAAAAAGUUUGAAUACCUCAUCAGAAACCUCCAUGAUCUACCAAAGUAUUGUUCUGAUUUGCUUCAACCCCUCAUGAGUGAAUACAACAUUCUUCGGCAAGUAUGCACACAUCUCAGAGAUUUCUAUCAGUUGGAAUGCAACAAAACAACAAAAACAGAAUUUCUCUAUACUCGGUAUCAAGUGACAGUUGAUAGAGUAACACAAUUCUGUUUUGAUCUUUGGACAGGAAAGUAUAAAGACUUUGACAAUGAGUGUGACUUCUCUGAAUGCUCUUCCACGAUCACUUCUCUACUCAUCGACAUAAUCCCUCUCGAGCUGGAGGUUCUAUACAUUUCUACUUCUAAGCUCAUCAAAGAACCAACAUCAACUCAACUAAAACGGUUUGUUAAGCAAAUCCUAAAAGCAUCUCCAAGGAUUCUUCAUAAUUAUCUCAUUCAUCUCCAACGACGCAUGGCAGUUGCAGUACCCAUCAAUUAUGCUCCAACUCAAGGCAUUAAUGUCAUGAUGGAGUUCCUAUUGAUCUUUCUCACUGAUAUACCAAAGCGCUUUAUCCAUCGUGAAAAAUUGAACGAUAUGUUGGCACAUGCUGGAAUGCUUACCAGAAAAAUAUCUUUUCUGGUGAGCAAGCUAUUGGAGGAGAUCUCCGAAAAUAAUAUCAACGAAGCAGACUUUUCAGCUCCAGACUUUUUGCAAGAAAUUGAACAAAUGAAGGGAGAUAUCAGACAGAUUUUUUUAAAAGCCCCAGAGUCAUCUCAACUUCGGUUUCCUAUGGAUGAUGGUUUCCUCUUCAUGAAUCUUCUGCUCAGACAUUUAAAUGAUUUGCUCAUUGCCAAUGUCUCUUCAGUUACUCUGAUAAAGAAAGAAAUUGGGAUGGUGAAAGAAAGCCUUGAAUUCCUAACAUCAUCUUUCGGGAAAGUCAGGAAAACGCUGGAUGGCACUAGUGGACUAGUUAAAGAUUGUUGGUUACAUGCUUUGGAUGUGGCAUAUGAGGCAGAGCAUGUCAUUAAUUCCAUUCUUGUCAGAGAUAAAACUCUCUUGCAUUUAAUCUUCUCACUUCCGAAUGUCACUGAUAAGAUCAUGCUUAUCGUGGCAGAAGUCACCAGUUUAGGGCUGGAGGAUAAGAAUGGGGAUGAACCCCUUGAUGCAAAGUCUUCCCAUGAGUCAAUUGUGUUAACCUCAUCAUCUUUUGUUGAGGUAACAGUAGGUCAUGAGGAAGAAGAAGCCUGGAUCAUUGGCCAGCUCCUUGAUGAACAUGAAUCCGAACUUGAUGUCAUUUCCAUUGUUGGAAUGCCAGGAGUCGGUAAAACUACUCUUGCCAAUAAAGUGUAUAACAAUACAUUAGUUGCUAGUCAUUUCAAUGUUCGUGCUAAGUGCACUGUUUCCCAAAAGUAUAACAAGUCAAAGGUGUUGCAGGAGAUUCUUCAGCAAGUUACUGGCUCGAGAGGAAAAGAAAGUGAAGAUGACCUUGCUGAAAUGCUACGAGUAGCACUGUACGAUAAAAGGUACCUCAUCGUUUUGGAUGAUAUGUGGGAUAUUGCAACAGGGGAGAUGUUAAUGGCAUGUUUUCCAAAGGUUAAGAGAGGAAAUAGAAUCAUCUUAACCAGCCGAAGUAGUAAGGUAGGUUUGCAAGUCAAAUGUCAUAGUGAUCCUCUCCGCCUUCAACUUUUAACACCUGAAAAAAGUUGGGAUUUAUUCGUAAAAAAGGUAUUUGGAGAUGAAGGAAGCUGCCCUGCUGAACUGUCAAAAGUUGGUUACCAAAUAGUUGAGAAACGUAAGGGUCUUCCCUUGGCUAUUGUUUUAAUUGCUGGAGUAAUUGUUAGAGGGAAGAAAAAGGAAAAGGAUUUUUGGCUUAAGAUACUGCAUAAUCUGGAUUCCUUUAUUUCUACCAACAUCAAUUUGGUUAUGCAAUUAAGUUAUGACCAUUUACCAUGCCACCUGAAGCCGCUGCUGCUUUACUUUGCAACAACUCAAAAGAGCCAACGAACUCCAGUCUCUACAUUGAUGCAGUUGUGGAUGGCCGAAGGGUUUGUGGAUCAUGAUAGUUUAGAGGAAGUAACUCAAAGUUACUUGGAUGCUUUAAUUUCCAGUAACCUGAUAAUGGUGGAUCAUAUCCCCUCCGAGAGUAUUUGGUGGACGUCUACAAUGAUCAAGGUUUGCUAUAUGCAUGAUGUUGUGCAUGAUUUUGUCUCAGUAAGAGCGGAAAAGGAAAAGUUUUUCAAGUUAAUCAAUUCAGGUGAUCAUGCUUCGGAUUUGCUACACCAUCGUCUAACCAUUUAUACUGAUUACGAGGGCGAGCUCUGCAACAAAUGUGUUUUGUGCAAGUUUAUUAAGUGUUCAGCUGUUAGUAAGUAUCUCUUAUCUUUGAGAGUGAGGAGUUCUGUCUAUAAAUACAGGUAUAUCCAUCACACUAGACAGUUGAGACUUCUUAGAGUGUUACAACUGGAUGACUUUAUUGUCUUUGAAGAUUCUUUAAUGAAAGAAAUAGGGUCCCUAUUUCAUUUGAGGUUCUUAAGCAUUAAGACUAAUAUGAAAGCCAUCCCAGAGUCAUGGGUGAACCUCCAGAAUCUGGAAACGCUGUUGAUUAAUCCAGGAUUCUCCCCCUUUGUAUUACUGCCAAGAUUAUUCAAACUGUCAAAGCUGAAACAUGUGAGCAUUGACCAUAGUUCUUUCUUUGAUGAAGAGGAAGAGGAAGACGAAGAGGAAGAGGAAGAGAAAAACGAAGAGGAAGAGCACAUGGACAAUAUCCAAAGUAGACUAUUGGAAGGUGAGAACUCAAAGCUUACAACUUUAUCCCAUGUUGAUAUCUCAUAUUCCCAAGGAACUAAUGAUGCUCUAGAGAAGUUCCCAAAUCUUGAGCACCUUGAUUGCACCAUCAUGGUACCCGAGUGUCCUCCUACACACGGCGAUUGGUUUCCCAAGUUAGAUGUCCUUAAUAAACUUCAAUCGCUCUCUUUAAACUACCACAAAUUACGGUAUUAUUUUUGUAAUCCCAUUGAAUAUCACUUCCCUACCGGCUUGAAAGAGUUGCGGUUGUUUGAUAUUCCCAUGAGACCUGCUUUAUUGUCAGCAAUUGUGGCAUUGCCUCAACUUGAAAUUCUGGAGAUUAACUACUGUAAUUUCGUGGUGGAUAAGUGGGAUGCAAGUGAGGACAUCUAUCAAAGUCUUAAGACUUUGCGUUUGGCAUGUCCCGAAUUAUCAGAAUGGGAAGUUGAUAGGGAAACUUUUCCCAAGCUUGAGAAAUUAAUACUGGAACAUUGUUACAAGCUUACGGAGAUCCCUUCUGGAUUCGGGGAUAUAGACACUUUAAAAUCCAUUCAGUUGGUUCAAAGUGAGCUUGAGCUUGAAGAUUCAGCCAUGAAGAUAAAGAAAGAUGUAAUGGAUUUCACAGGAGAGGACAGACUUCAUGUCCAUAUAUCAUCUAUGUAUCUUCCCUGAGCUGAUGAAGAAGAGUUAAGCCUGGAAAUUUAGGCAUUAUAGAUGGCUUGUAGGACUGGAAGACGGUACACAAGGCGAGGUGAUUUGAACUUGAUUUAGAGAUUG